GCAUGCCUAGAUAGUGGAUUUUUUUAUGUGAUCGACCAUGGAAUUAGCCAGGAGUUCAUGGAUGAAGUAUUUGCCCAAAGUAAGAAAUUUUUUGAUCUACCCAUGGAUGAGAAAAUGAAGCUCCUUCAUAAUGAGAAAUAUCGAGGUUAUACACCCAUUUUUGACGAGACCCUGGAUCCAGAUAAUCAAGUCAAAGGAGACUACAAAGAAGGGUACUAUAUUGGUGUUGAAGUACCUGAAGAUGAUCCGCAAGCAGAAAAACCAUUUUGUGGACCAAAUUUGUGGCCUUCUGGUGAUCUGUUACCUGGAUGGAGGGAGACAAUGGAGCAGUAUCAGAGGGAAGCACUCUUUCAGGAGGGUGAGCAAAGCAGUGGCUAGGAUCAUAGCUCUUGCACUUGACCUAGAUGCUGACUUCUUUGAUAAGCGAGAAAUGCUUGGAGAGCCCAUUGCAACUUUGAGGCUUUUAUAUUAUGAAGGUAAUAUUUCAACUCCGGCAAAGGGAAUAUAUGGAGCUGGAGCCCAUUCUGAUUAUGGCCUGCUUACACUAUUGGCAACAGAUGAUGUAGCAGGCCUGCAAAUAUGCAAAGACAAAGAUGCUCAACCGCAAAUAUGGGAAUUUGUAGCACCAUUAAGAGGAGCAUUCAUAGUCAAUCUUGGUGACAUGCUUGAACGCUGGAGUAAUUGCAUUUUCAGGUCCACAUUGCACAGAGUCAUGCUGAACGGACAAGAUCGCUAUUCUGUUGCCUAUUUUGUGGAGCCAAAUCCUGAAUGUCUGGUGGAGUGCCUGCCGUCCUGCCAUUCUGAAGCAAACCCUCCCAAGUUCCCUCCGGUAACCUGUGGUGCAUACAUGGUUAAACGAUACAAGGAGACACAUGCUGAUCUGAGCACAUACAAGGAGCACGAAACCUCAAAGCAGACGGAUGGGUUUGUUUGCAAUAGUCCAUAGUACCUCAAUGAGCGCUUGUAUGCUUCUUCGAUCAACUCCUCACAAGGCAUAGUCGUGUGUAUGGUAUAAAAAACAGUAAGUUAUUGCGAAUAAUAUUUGAGGGAUAUAUAGGAGUGGUGUACGAUUGUGUUUCUAGUGGAGCAUACGAGUCUUAUUUGUGGGAGUGGCUGGGACAUACAUGUAAGAAACUAGAAUAGUGUGUUGUAGCAACUCCGUUCAAGUAGGUUAUCACAGAACGUAAUGCAGAUGAUAUUUGGAGACAUUGGGUGGAGUCAUAAGGUGCCUUAUUUGGAGACAGAUGAUAUUUAUUGUAAUUUUGGUUUGAACAACUA